AUGGUGUGGAAGGAGCGCUUGCAUGUCGCGUUGUAUCGAAGCUUUCUCGCAGGCGCUGCGCGGUAUCGUGCGUACCAGGAGCCUUUAACUCUGGAGAGCACUUGCGGCCUUCCGGGUUUCCUGGACAAAUUCCGAAAAAAUAUGGAGGAGUGGGAUGAAGAAGACGAUUAUCACGAGACUCUUUUACGCCGGCUGAGAAGCGCUGAUGGAAGCGAGUAUCACCAGAGGUACACUCAGCCGACACCCAAAGAGACGCCUGAACGCCGCCGUACUGUCACCGUAAUCUUCUUGGACGUGUUUAGCCUCGAGGAGAUUAUCAUGCCAGAGAAUGUUGAAGAUGCAGUGGAGACGUCCGUCCUUGCACGUCCCGGUGUCGAAAGUCCUGUAUUCGACAAGGCUAACUUGCCUGGACUUGAAUAUGCGUUCCGCGAUCUUCGGUCCUUACUCCACGAGAUUAAAUGGUUCUCUGGCCAGCCAAAUUGCUAUUGGCUCGACUGUGGGACUCCUCCCGACUUUCAGUUUGUGCGAUACAUGCUGGCGAAAUACUUUCGACUGCGGUUCAAAGACAACAAGUGGGAUUGGGGAAACAGCCGUAACCAUGACUCGCGUAAGAUUGUUUGGUCUAAAUUCACCGUUAGCGGUGAUCUGUUCUGUGAGAUAUACUGGCAGAGGGAUAUAACGAGGCCUGUGCCCUCUUGGAGUCAAUCGAUGCUCCACGUCCUGAGCCUUUGUUUGUUUAUGGUUUUUUUCCGGCCCGUUUUCUAG